AUGUGUGAAGACAACCAAACUCAAGUCACAGAGAUUCAUCUUCUUGGGUUCCAAGGACUUCGCAAUCUCAAGAUUCUUCUUUUCAUCCUGUUCUUCCUAAUCUACAUGGUGAUCAUGAUUGGCAAUCUCCUCAUCAUUGUAUUAGUGACGACCAGUGACCACCUCAAGAUUACAAUGUUCUACUUCCUUAAACAUUUAGCCUUAGCUGAUGUCUUCCUCACCACCAACAUUGUACCGUUGAUGUUAGACCUCAUACUUAUGGAAGAAAGAACAAUAUCUUUUGUGGCUUGUAUAGGUCAACUCUACUUUUUUGGUGUUUCUGGAUUUGUUCAGUGCUUCGUUCUUGCAGUGAUGUCCUACGACCGAUCCCUUGCAAUCCGCAAACCAUUGCGUUACAGUUUGAUCAUGUGUCCCGAUCUUUGCAUGCAACUCGUCGCAGGCUGUUGGCUUCUAGUUUUUAUUUUGAUAUCAGCAGAAAUUGUGGUGCUGUGUCAGUUACAUUUUUGUGGACGGAAUUACAUUGACCAUUUCUUCUGUGAUUUCGGACCGUUUGUGCAGUUGGCUACUUCUGACACAUCGGCCUUAAUGUUACUUGACCUCAUCAUCUCAAUACUUAUGAUAUUUCUCCCAUUUGUUUUCAUAAUAAUGACAUAUGUGUCAAUUCUCAUCACCAUCCUCAGUAUUCCUUCCAGAACAGGUCGGAAAAAGUCUUUCUCCACCUGUACUUCCCACCUAAUGACAGUUUGCACCUAUUACGGGACCUUGAUUACAGUCUAUAUGAUCCCAUCUGAAGAAAAUGAUUUUAAUAUAAAUAAGUUCCGAUCUUUGCUGUAUGUAAUGGUGACUCCAAUGAUGAAUCCCAUCAUAUACAGCUUGAGGAAUCAGGAGGUUAGAGGAGCUUUGAGGAAAGUACUGUGUAAUUAA